AUGUCGACGUGGACUUCGCCCUCGAUGUCGCGGUUCAACCGGGGCACCUCUUCUACCGAAGACACAUACUCUGGUGUCGGAUCAUCGUCCUUCGCACCUCAAUACGAGCCCGUCAUACUCGGCUCUUCCUCGGUGUUCAAACCACUCACACCACCUCAAGUCUCGAACCUCACAACAUCCACCUGUCUAGCAAUCAGAGAAUUCAAAGAGCUACUCCGACAGUACCGCCAGCUGGACGAUGGUAUCACCACACGGCUGAAUAGAAGUUUUGCACGCUCUCGAGCACUAGGCGAAUCCACGUCGCCUUCGCUACUUUCCUCUAGCAAAACUAACUCGGCCAGCUCGAUCGAUCUGGGCACGAGCACCUACGGCACACCUGCACCGGGAGCGUGCGCCGCGUUUUGGAGAGAGCUCGUGGAUGUCUGGAUUGGAAGAGAAGAGGUGGUGAGGUUUUGCAUCAAAGUGGCUGAUCAACAUGCCCGGCCUGCUCCAACUCCACUACUCUCGACGUCCGACAGUACGGAUCGGCUUCUCGACGCUGACUAUCAUCCAACAUCUGCGUCACAAUCCAGACCAGAAAAUAGGUGGAGUAGAGCAGAAAACACUUCGGAAACCUUGGCGAGACAGUUGCACAACGAAUUAUCCGUGGAGAGCAUCAUCCGUGCAAGAAGCCUAGACGCCUUCAAGUCGAGGUGCAAGUUCUUUACCCCCAAUCCUCCCGAUGGUCCGGAAGGCGAUAGGGAAAGAGCCAUGUGGAACGGGCUACCGAUACCUGCUGCUCAGGAUAGCGCUGACCACAUCCGUCGACCCUAG